AGUACUGCGCCUUCGUUCUUAAAUCUUCGAUUUCUAUCCUUCAGUUUAGUGCAGUAAGAUGUUCAACCAAAUGACAGCAGCCGGGGGCAACCCUAACAAGGAUCUGGAGGUCGCAUCGCCGCCCGACGACACCGUUUCGGCCCUCGAGUUUUCCCCGCCUUCCGUGCCGCAAACAUUCCUUAUAGCCGGCUCAUGGGACUGUCGGGUGAGAUGUUGGGAAGUGGAGGCGUCCGGGAAAACAGUGCCCAAAGCUGCACAAGGCAUGGACGGGCCCAUUCUGGAUGUAGCCUGGCAUGAUGAUGGAUCUAAAGUGUUCAUGGCCUCAACGGACAAAAGUGUUAAAUGCUGGGAUCUAGCGGCCAAUCAAACCAUUCAGGUAGCAGCCCACGAUGCGCCGGUGAAGACAUGCCACUGGGUCAAGGCGCCCAACUACACCUGUCUCAUGACCGCCUCCUGGGAUAAAACAUUGAAGUUUUGGGACACCCGCAGCUCUCAACCAAUCAUGAGUAUGAAUCUAUCCGAAAGGUGUUACUGUGCCGAUGUGGACUACCCGAUGGCGGUGGUGGGCACGGCGGACCGCGGCAUCUGCCUGUACACGCUGGAGGGCAAGCCGGCCGAGUUCAAGAGGAUCGAGUCCCCGUUGAAGCACCAGCAUCGCUGCAUCGCCAUCUUCAAGGACAAGAAGACCAAGCAACCAGCUGGUUUCGCACUGGGUUCAGUGGAGGGCCGGGUGGCCAUACAGUAUGUCAACCCGACCAACCCGAAGGAUAACUUCACGUUCAAAUGUCAUAGGUCAGCGGGGACCACUGGUGGAUAUCAGGACAUCUACGCAGUGAACGACAUCGCGUUCCACCCCGUGCACGGCACCCUUGCGACCGUGGGCUCCGAUGGAUCCUUCUCCUUCUGGGACAAGGACGCGCGCACGAAGCUGAAGUCGUCGGAGCUGCUUGAGCAACCGCUAACGCGCGCCGCUUUCAACCACAACGGGCAGAUAUUCGCGUACGCCGUCGGCUACGACUGGUCCAAGGGCCACGAGCACUUCAACCCAGCCAAGAAGAACUUCAUCUACCUCCGAGCGUGCUAUGAGGAGCUCAAACCUAGGACCAAUUGAUUGCCGCUGCCAUCUUUCAACGCGUGAGCGACGUCGUGUGACGUCAGUGACGUCAUUUGACGGCAUUGACGUUAUGUGACGUUGGCGUCAUAAAUGACGUUUAGCCACCUAUUGAGUGAUUCGCUACUAUCUUUCAACGCGUAAGUCGCGUCAUAGGACGUCAGUGACGUCAUAUGACGUUCGCGUGGAACAUUGAAAAUCGAAGUUCGAGUGAAAGAAGGAAACAUAGUCUGUAUCUUUAGGUAUUAAAUUAAAGUAAACAAACAAUUGGUACAUUUUCGGGUAGUUAUAAAAUUAAUUUUUUAACCGACCAAUUACAAAAUCGCCUGGAUCUGUAACUGAACGACCUGACUUUAACCUACAUUAUUUGAUCGUGUAAUGUUUUCAUCUACCCUCAACUGGCUUAAGGAGCCAUUUGAGGGUAGAUUUUGUUUGCUUUUAUUUAAAUACCUAAAGAUACAGAGUAUAGACGAAUCUCCGAUUUUCCAGAGACGUUGGUUGCCUUG